AGCAGCAGCAGCAGCAGCAGCAGCUUCGGCAGAGUCGCCAGCUUCUACCUCCAAUGAUCACCCUGGCGCAACUAUUGAGCAGGACGCAGGGCCAUCCGCACUGGAAGGGGAGGGCAAAGAGGUUGGUAGCGAUGAUCGUGCUGCCAAUGACAUUACCGAAAGCAACCAGCCCAUCGGGCCAUCGAAUUCCGCGACAGCAGAGUUUCUUUUGGUGAAUGACUUGGAUCCGCAUGCACUGGAACGCGAACUGCACAAUCUAGAGUACUCCAAGGGUAUGGAGUCAACCACGGGUAACUUGCCAAAGUCCUCCAAGUUCCUGCCUGGUCGCGUCCUACGCAAGGCUCGUCCUAGAGCACAAGACCUUCAAUAUGUCACGGACGCGUCGAAUGUGGGAUUGUCCUCAGGUUCGGUCUCGACUGCCGAUCGUGGUCAUCGAGAGAGCAUGGCGGAUGAUGACGAGAUGCUGGAUCCGGACUGCACGUCGUGUCGACUUGUGCUCAAUGGAUUCGACAAACUGUUGUGGAAGCAGGCACGGCAGGCGGGUGAGGUCAACUUGAACCCGAAGCGAUGGGGCAAGACGGCGAUCUUGUGCAUUGCGUGCAGGAUGCAGUACCAGCGACACCAUCUGCGAUGCACGCAGUGCUUUUACGUGCCGGUGAUUGCAGAGGAGAUGCUCGGACGACCUGGGGCUCCAAAGGCUGGCGGGACUUGCAGUCGCUGCAGGGCUGGUACUUGGUUGCAGGAAAAGGAUUGCUAAGUGCGACCGUUGGCAUUCGCUACCCUCCCUAAAAAAAACACCCCAAACAAACAAGCGUUGUAUUAUAGUCCAAGGUCUGAAAAUGUAAAAAAACCAGAACCAACAAACCAAUAAACCAAUAAACCUGAUGAACUUAGUGUCC